AUGGACCUGGAGAUUGACCUUGGGGGCUCGAAGCAGACUCUUAAACUGGCGACGGCACAGGAGAGCUGCCGAGAGGACGUUGAGCAAGGGCGGCUGCCAACCCUGCAACGGCAGCUGGUGGUGCCAGCAGCGGCACGGGUUUUGGGCUUUAAGUACCACGAGGCCGUUGAGGCCGCAACGGGCUUCGCCCGGGUUCACGACCUUUGCGUCCUCCUGGAGGAGGAAGGAAAGCUGUACCUGGAGCCGCUCUCCCGUACCUACACAAACCAACUCUCGCAACACCUCCCUGGCCGCGUGCGCUGGCUGCCACCGGCAUUGGAAGCGGUAGAGAAGACAGACAAGGAAGGCCUGGACGUCACGGAGCUCCCGGAGGUAGAUGGCCUCCAGAUCCUUCGGGGCUCGAUGGACCACAUCGUCGACGCGUGCUACAAGGACCCGUGGAAAGCUCUGUCUUUCUCCAAGAUCAUGUGGUGGGUGGACCUGUCGCUGCUGACCUGUGCUUUGUUUUACAUCGACAUCGUGUUGGACGUCAAGCAACUUGCUCUGUUCUAUGGCAGUGGCCUCCACGGAUACCUGCUACUGAACAUGAUGAGCAUGGCGCUUCCCAUCAUGUUCACCACCUGGGACGCGAUCAAGUUUGUCGGCACUCCAUCAGCGGACCGCGGUAUGCAGCGGUAUGCAUGGUCUGCUGCACCGACAGGUGGCCGAGUCUGCGACAUCGGCACUUGUACAGACAAACUUUCUGAUCUCUGCCCUCGGGGGCGUUUCACAGAUUCAAGCGCUGGAGUUAUCGGAGGAGCAGCUGCAAAGCAUGCAGCUGUCAGUAGCGGUGUCCUGUUUGUCCCUUGGCCUGGGUUUCGCCAGCCGCGAUAA